CAACAGCAACAACAACAGCAGCAGAUUCAUCACCAACCUCCUCCCCAGUAUCAUCAAAGAAUGCAGUAUCCCAAGCCCCUGCAACGCGCUCGGUCGCCUCCACCAGCACUGUCCAUGGAGCAAAAUGGGCACGAUGGACAAGGAGAUCACGGAGGAAAUGCUGCCAAGCGCCGACGACUGCAGGGCUCUGUGGUAGGCCGAGGUGGACCAGGAAUGGAGGACUACAUCUUGCCAAAGAGGUCUGCGAACGGCCACUCAGACUGGGUGCGACGGGAGCCAGGAUCGGGAGCCUAUCGACGGAGCAUGUCACCCAUCGAGAACAUUGGAAGCAGCGAGCAGAGUCUUCAUCAUUCAGGCUCACCUCAUCACCCGGGCCCUUCGCCUUACCCGCAGCCACCUUCAAGAUCGCAGGACCCGCAUGGAUACAUGAGAGACCAUCCACCACCGCAUCUAGGCCAGCAUCGAUACAUGUUGAAUGUGCACCACGGGAACGGACAGUAUCACUCGACCCCGUCCAUGAGCAUGUCCAGGUACCCGAUGCACCCGCCACCACCGCCCCCUCGGGUUCAGCCACCGCCGCCUCACCCUUCACAGCAUCCGUCUCAACCACCACAGCAUCCUCAACAACAGCACCCGCAUCCCCAUGCGCAGCAGGCCCAUCCCCAUAGCCAGUCGCAGCACCAUAUGCACCAGCAAUCCCCUCAUGCGUAUGUGCACUCAUCGCAUUCACCCCGAGAUAUGGACGACAGCAUGCAUCCCUCCUCGCAGUAUGCAUCAGGAUGGAAUCAGCGCCUUCCCGGAUAUGCUACCGUGUCCUCUUCUUCGUCCAAUACGCGUUUGUCAUCAACAGGCAUUGUGCAUUCAACGGGACCACCACCUAAUUCCCCCCCGAUGUACCCGCGUUAUUCCCAAGGAGGACCGCAGCAGCCCUAUCAUCAUCAGCAGUACCAUGCCCAGGGUGCUCCUCCAGCGGGAAACGAAUACCACCCUUCAGAGCCAUCUCAGUCGCAGGCGCCGCCGCCUCCACCGUCCCAAGGUGGUCAUCAUUACAGUUCUGGAUCUUCACCAACGCAGGGUGUUGCGCAGCCAAUCAAUGGAUAUCCAGCACCUUAUCACCACGAUGGACACAUGGAUCGCGAGCGCGAGCGUGCUAAUGGCGGUAGUAAUGUCACAGGAGGGCCAGCGCAUCUGCCGCCCAUAUCUUUGCCCCAUCCUGCUCAUCCAGGCCACCACCAGUCUCUGCCCCGGCCGAACGACCUGCUGCACCAGCAAGAGCAGGGGCCUCCCCCACCUUCUCACCAUCACCAGUUUGGUCAGCAUCGGCGACAGCCGUCUUCACCCAUGAGCGGUGUGGUCAUUGGGGCUCCUGGCAGUCAUCCAGCACCCGCAGCAGCAGCCUCAGGAAUCAGCACGAGCACGGAUGUCCUUCAGCAGACCCGUCAGGACCUGCAGCGAGAGGUAUCUCAUUUGUCGAUGCUUCUGGGCAGAGCAGCCGCAGUACUCAACGGGCUCGAUCAGGUCUUAGAUCCACAUCAUGCUGGAGCUUCCGGAUCACCUCCCGUACCCCACUCUAUCCGCGAAAGCGGGUCUCCAGUGGGUCAUGGAUACGCGCCUCCCCCACAUGGCCAUAGCCAUAGUCAUGCACCACCUCCUCCUCAGCCAGGAGCGCCCCUGACGAACGAUGUCAAGACCAACUCUGCUCUGGCUAGCCUGAUGGCACUGAGCGGCUCUGGAGGGCCGGGACGUUCUAAUGCAACUGCACGACUUGAUGAACGCGAGAUGCAGCACUUGCAGCAGCAGCAACAGCCACCAAUGCCAUUGUAUUCGAAACAGCAGCCACCACCACCAUCUUCAUCACAGCAGCCUCCGCCGCCACCACAUCAUGGAUCCGCGCCGCCCCCUCCCCGGUACACUCAGGCACUCUCAUACCCGUUACCAAGGCGAUCAUGAUGAAUAUUCGUUAGAUUCAUUUUAUUUUAGUUUAGUUUUUUUUUUCGUGUUUUCAAGAGCAUACUCUCUAUAAUGAAAGCGGCCGUACCGCAUUGUAUUUUUAUUUUUACAAA